UAGUACUGCUCCUUCGUACGGAGCUGCAGUGGCGCUGGUUGGCUACUGCUGCUGCUAGCAAGGGUGCUAGGCUAGCGCUCCUGCUCCGCUGCUCGGCUGCUGCUGCGCCAACUCGGCCGUCCUCAUCCGCCUCCGCCCUCCCUCCUCGUCUCCUCCUCUCUUUCUCUCGCCGCCAUUGGUUGGUUUGCGCAAAGGGAAGAUACUCCUACCAGCUUCGGCUGCUUUCCCCGACGACGCGCGCCGCAGAUCUACACCUCGGCGCCGGGCGCCGGCGGAGCUGGCAGGGACGACGAUGGCGGGGAAGAGGGAGCGGAUAGCGAUACGGAGGAUCGACAACCUGGCGGCGAGGCAGGUGACCUUCUCCAAGCGCCGCCGGGGGCUGUUUAAGAAGGCCGAGGAGCUCUCCAUCCUCUGCGACGCCGAGGUCGGACUCGUCGUCUUCUCCGCCACCGGCAAGCUCUUCCACUUCGCCAGCUCCAGCAUGAAUCGGAUCAUCGAUCGGUAUGACUCCCAUUCCAAGACGCUGCAGAAGUCAGAAGCACCGUCUCAGCUACAGUCACAUGUGGAUGACAGCACUUGUGCAAGGCUAAGGGAGGAGCUCGCCGAAGCAAGCCUUAAGCUCAGGCAGAUGAGAGGAGAAGAGCUCCAGAGGCUGAGCGUCCAACAGCUGCAGGAGUUAGAGAAGACCCUCGAAUCCGGCCUCGGCUCUGUACUCAAAACCAAGAGCCAAAAAAUCCUCGACGAGAUCAACGGUCUGGAAAGAAAGAGAAUGCAACUGAUCGAGGAGAAUUCAAGGCUAAAGGAGCAAGUAAAUUCCUAUCCUCCUGCGCAUGAGGUUUCCAUUCCGCUCUGCAUCUUUUUCCAGGGACACCUCCGUUUAAUAAGCCGUGGUGAUCUGAAGCUGCAGGUUACCCGGAUGGCAAGGAUGGAGAUGCAGCUCGGUGCCGAUUCAGAAGUUGUGUACGAGGAAGGACAGUCAUCUGAAUCCGUGACCAACGCGUCAUAUCCGCGCCCGCCGGCUGACACCGACGAUGGUGGCUCCGAUACAUCGCUGAGGCUCGGGUUACCACUGUUCAGCUCGAAGUGAUGGAAACCGAAUUGUCCUGGAGCAGAGUGACGCCGAUUACCUGCCCUCCCCAUUGUGAGUCCGGGAGCAGAAUUCCUGGAUUGAGAAGGGGCCAACGCACCGCUUCAAAAUAAGAGGCAUUAGUGCUGGAUGAUGUGUGUAUUCUGAAAAUGACUUGCUUUUGUUAUACGGCAUGUUAGCUGCAACUCAUGCUCUGUUCUCCGUUUUGAGUACUCAGAAUUCCCUACACUUCAUGUUACCUGCAAUCUCUGCUUUUGCUGAUCAUUCUUUGCAGAA